AUGAAGCGAAGCGUCAAAUUUGGUGCGGUCGUGCUGGGGACGACGUGCGGACCGUUGACGUUACGUGGUCUCCAUUGCUGGAUUGAUGACACGUCGCCGGAGAUCGACCUGAUCAUUAGUCGCCCUGUUAUGGAUUUGCUCGGAUUCUCCGUGGACACUUUGCUCGUCGGAGCACGACAGAAGAACACUAAGUGGGAUGUUUCAGUCGACGACGAGCCACCUGCCCAUGGCAUGUCUAAACUUCAGCGUAUGACGACGUCAAGACACGGCGCCGACGAGCCGGUGCUCGCUGACGGCGACGGCAUGGAGUGCGCCACGCCAGAAGUCGCGACCGUUACCGACGAAGAACAGCGCAAAAAGAUGCGGGACGAAGUGUUUGCGGUGCUGAUGUCAAAGGUCGCCGAAGCGGAGUCAUGUGGACUGACCGGCGAUGAUGUGGAACGGCUCAAGGCUCUGCUUUCAAAACAUGUCGAUGUCUUCCGCAUCGACCUUGGAAACGACCCACCUGUCAAAGUGGAGCCGCUCAAGGUGCGCAUCAAGCCGAAAUCGACACCGGUCAAGUGCGGUAUGCGGCGUUAUCCCCCGGCGCAUCUGGAAUACAUGCGCGAGCAUGUGGAGGCACUGCUAUCGAACGACAUGGUUUACGCCAACAAUCGGGCGCCAAGAAUCGUGCCAUAA